AUGGUACGACCGUGUGGAUGUGCGGGAACGUUUAGAUGGGAGACAUUCACGAGGGUGUGCCUGUCCCGUUGGGUGGCGAUGUCGAACAAGGAUCAAUGCGAGAUCUGUCAAGAGAAGUACGCUCGAAGUGGUCGAACAAUCAAACCUCUCAGCAAAUGGGAACGACCUCACAUUGGAUCCGAGGAAAGUCUUAUCACUGAUAUUAAUCGCUGCGCUAUCAUACUCUAUGAUUUAUAUGGUACAUCUAUG